AUGGACUCUCCAAGACCAUCUGGGCCCGACACCGGCAAGUCGCCCACACCACCUGUCGGCUUUCGCCCUCAGAAUGGUCCUUUGAUCAAGGUGCAACCCCCGCGACGAGAGGACCUCCAGCCAUCAUAUGCCCAGACCCUGCAAGGCGAUACUGACAUUGAGACUCACGGCUGGUAUGGAUCAAUGAUCAAUUCCCUCGGUGCCUGCGUUGGUUUCAUGGGUGCAAUCCCCUGUUGUGUCAUCUGCCCCAACCCCUACAAGCCUGUGUCGCAAGGAAAUGUUGGCCUGGUCACCAGGUUCGGGCGUUUUGCACGCGCUGUCGACCCCGGCUUGGUCAAGAUCAACCCCUUGUCCGAGAGACUCAUCCAAGUCGAUGUCAAGAUUCAAAUCGUCGAAGUUCCGCGACAAGUCUGUAUGACCAAGGACAAUGUCACGCUGAACCUCACUUCCGUCAUCUACUACCACAUCACAUCUCCUCACAAGGCUGCCUUUGGAAUCUCCAACAUUUGCCAGGCCUUGGUUGAGCGAACCCAGACUACUUUGCGCCACGUUGUCGGCGCACGCGUGCUCCAAGACGUCAUUGAACGGCGUGAAGAGAUCGCUCAGUCCAUCGGCGAGAUCAUCGAGGAUGUCGCAUCCGGAUGGGGUGUCCAAGUCGAAUCCAUGCUCAUCAAAGACAUCAUCUUCAGCAACGAUCUCCAAGACUCGCUCUCCAUGGCUGCUCAAUCCAAGAGAAUCGGUGAAUCCAAGGUUAUUGCCGCUCGUGCAGAAGUCGAAUCUGCCAAACUCAUGAGACAGGCUGCCGAUAUCUUGAGCUCGGCACCGGCCAUGCAAAUCAGAUAUCUUGAAGCUAUGCAAGCCAUGGCCAAGACUGCCAACAGCAAGGUCAUCUUCUUGCCAGCAGCCAACCAAACAAUUCCCCCGGAGGCUUUGUCGCAGAUCCAACACCACUCAACGGGUGAACCAAGCGGCUUCAACUCCAAGCAAAACACCGGCGGAAACGCCUUCGAGUUCGCCACUGAUGAUGGUUUCCAACAAGCUAUGAACGCCAGAGUCGUCGAGAACAUCUGA